AUGUCGACAGAACAGCCUGCUGGCAUCGAUCGUGGCGUUAAUCAUGGCGCACAGCAUGCCUCUCUCACCACAGCCAAAGCCGCCACGUCGACCCUGUCGAGACCGACGCGGCCACCGUGGCGUCAGAUGGAGUCGCAUAGUGUGCUGCUGUUUCUGCUCGCGUUUCGUCUCGUGAAUGCCCUGAUUGUGCAGACGUUCUUCCAGCCGGAUGAGUACUUUCAAGCGCUAGAGCCGGCAUGGCAAUGGGCGUUCGGAAAGGAAGCGGGAGCAUGGAUAACUUGGGAGUGGAAGCACCAUCUGCGAUCAGCCAUCCACCCGGCCAUCUUUGGGAUAUGCUACCAGCUGGCGGAUGUGCUCGCCGGGCUCCUCAGGCUGCAGCAUCAUCCUCGAGCGGAGGUUCUUCUUGCUGCGCCCAAGAUAUUACAAGCUCUUUUCGCUGCGCUGAGCGACUUCUACACCUGGAAGCUUGCCUCUGGCAUCUACGGCGCCCAGUCUCCUGCGGCACUGACCGCCCUCGCUCUGACGGUCGCCAGUCCGUGGCAAUGGUUCUGUUCGACAAGAACUUUCUCCAACUCGCUGGAAACAACCCUCACAAUCGUCGCUCUGUACAAUUGGCCAUGGCACUGGGCACUACCACUUCGCAACCGUGAGGAGACUACAGCCCCCCCUGACGACCAUGUUGUCCGCAGUCGAGACAAGUCGGCCCACAGAGCAGAGUCCACAGACGACCUCACCAGGCUCAGAAGAAGCCUGCUUUGCGCGGCCGUUGCUGUGAUUCUACGCCCCACGAACGUACUCAUCUGGAUGACCCUCAGCUGGUAUACAUUUGUUUGGAACUGGGAUGGUCCACUGGAGGAGAAAAAGAUGGUCGCGCGCGAGACGGUGAUCUGUGGAAGCACGAUUUUGCUGCUCUCCGCUGUGGUCGAUCGGAUUUUCUACUACGCGUGGGUAUUCCCGCCUGUCAACUUCCUGCGCGUCAACGUCCUGCAGUCGUUGGCUUCGUUCUAUGGGAACAAUGACUGGCACUAUUACAUGACGCAGGGGUACCCUCUCCUGCUGACAACGGCGCUCCCAUUCACUCUGGUCGGACUGUACCGUGUGUGGCAAUCGGGCAACGAGAGACCCAUCGAAGAUGCCACUCCAGCGGGCCGGAUCGCGCUCAGGUUGCUCGCAAGGACAUCACUCCUCGUGCCCGCUGCGUUCUCGCUCAUCUCGCACAAGGAAGUCCGCUUCAUCUACCCGCUCCUCCCGGCCCUGCACAUCAUAGCCGCCCUCCCGGUAUCGUCUUUCUUCCUAUCUCCCCCAUCACAACAGUCUACCUCUACACAACCGGCCUUGAGGCGACGGCCGAUCCUACUGCCCAUUUUGGCGCUCAACGUCGCAAUCGCAUACUAUACCUCGCAGAUCCACAACUCAGGCAUCAUCUCCCUCACGACUUACCUCCGCGGGGAAUUCGAAACCCACUACCUCGCCGGGCAAACCAACAUGACGAUCGGCACACUAAUGCCCUGCCACUCCACGCCCUGGCGCUCUCACCUACAAUAUCCCGCCACAUCCGACGAGCCAGGCAUCCGCGGCUGGGCAUUGACGUGUGAGCCGCCGCUGGACCUCAACCAGACACAGAAGCAAACGUACAUGGACGAGGCGGACCAGUUCUACGCGAACCCCGCCACGUGGAUCAAGAAGCACAUGAGCCGCCACAUGCCACUGGCUUCGCAACAACCCGACGACGGAGCCAUGGGAGGGCACGCACAGCUCCCGCGCCAUCAUCAGCAGCAUCGUCAUUCUCGCUCCUCAGGGCACAAGAAGAAGAUCGACACCCUCCCCGCCGAGGUGUUGGCGAAGGAGCGCGAAGAGACCUUCUGGGCCACGCGCACGGGGCGGCGGAAACCCUGGCCUGAUUAUCUCGUCUUCUUCGCCCAGCUGGAGCCCACGAUGCAGGCUGCGCUCCGGGGUUCCGCGUACGCAGAGUGUUGGAGGGGUUUCAAUUCCCAGUGGCAUGACGAUUGGCGGAGGGUAGGCGACGUGGUUGUUUGGUGUUUAGACCCCACUCUGCAGGAGCUUAGUGGGCACAAGAUCCUGGGACGAGGGCAUGCCAAGAGCGGAAAUAUAGACGCGCAGAAGAACGCGAAGAAGGAGCAGAAGGAUGACUCCGUGUCAGAGGGCCGCACCGAACCUUUCAGACGGGUCGUGGAGAAGCCGUUCUGGAAACACAGAGAGCCAGAAGCGGACUGA